AUGGACAGAAGCACAGAGCACCAGCUGCACCUCAUCGUCAUCGGCGGCGGCCUCGCAGGCCUAUCGGCCGCCAUCUCGACAACACUCGCCGGCCACCGCUGUACAGUGCUCGAAAAGGCGCCCUCGCUCCACGAGGUGGGCGCUGGGCUUCAACUAACGCCCAACGCGACGCGCCUCCUCCGCCGGUGGGGGAUCGCAUACGCAUUGGCGCCGCUAGUCGCCGAGCCCACAAGCCUCAGCGUGCACCGCUUCGACGGCACCAAGGUACUAUCAAGCGACCCGCACUGGCAGGAGAACAUGGCGCUCCGCUACGGCGCACCCUUCUGGGACGUCCACCGGGUGGACCUGCAGGCGGCGAUGCUGUCGCACGCGCAGCAGCUGGGCGUGCAGAUCCGCACCGGCGCCGAGGUCGAGGACAUCGAUUUCGCGGCCGCAACGGUGACGCUCGCGGGCGGCUCGCGGGAGACGGUGGAAGGCGACGUGGUGCUCGCCGCGGACGGCCUGUGGUCGCGGGCGCGUGACCUGCUCAUCGGCUGGCCCAUGCGACCCGCGCCGACGGGCGAUCUGGCCUACCGCAUCAUCCUCAAGUCCGAGGACCUAAGGGACGAUCCGGAACUGGCGCAGUUGGCGGCGAAGCCGAGCGUGAACUUCUGGAUCGGGCCCCAUUCCCACGUGGUGGGCUACUCGGUCCGCGCCGGGAAGGAGUUCAACCUGGUGCUGCUCUGUCCGGAUAGCUUGCCGGAGGGCUGCUCCAGGGCCGCUGCGGACAUAGAUGAGAUGCGGGAGCUGUUUCGAGGAUGGGAUCCUAUUUUGACGAGAUUGCUGAACUGCGUCAAGGCCGUAGACAAGUGGAGGCUGAUGCAUUUCGCCUCGCUCCAGACGUGGAAUCACAAGAGCGGGCGUUUCACCAUGGCGGGAGACUCCUGCCACCCUAUGCUCCCAUAUUUGGCCCAGGGCGCAAACACGGCCAUAGAAGACGGCGCGGUGCUCGGCCGGCUGCUGGGCACAAUUAGUCAAGCCGCGGAUAUCCCCCGCGUAUUGGGGGUAUAUGAAAAGCUUCGGAAAGAGAGGGUCGAGGAGGUGGCUGAUCAGGCACUCAAGCAGAGACGGGAUUUUCAUCUCCCAGACGGGCCACUGCAAGAGACAAGGGAUAAGAUCAUGACCGGGGAGCAGCCCCCUAUUAGCGAGUAUCCAAGUAGAUGGACCUGUCCCAAAGUACAGCCGUGGCUGUAUGGAUACGAUGCCAUGGCCUCAGCUUGA